AGAAAGCGGCGCGGCUGGCGGAGGUGGGUUCGCGGCCGGCGCGGCGGGCGGAGAGUAUGGGAUGGCAAACUGGUUAGCAGAAAAGCCUCAGAGAGGGCACCGGUGGAUUUAGCUGCUCUUCGCCCCCUGGCAACCCUGGGCCUCCUUGGGCACACCCUGCACUAUGGACUUCCCGGGCUACAACUGCUUUGUGGACAGAGACAAGAUGGACGCUGCUAUCCAGGACCUGGGGCCCAAGGAGCUGAGCUGCACUGAACUGCAGGAGCUGAAGCAGCUAGCGCGCCAGGGCUACUGGGCCCGCAGCUACAGCCUGCGGGGGAAGGUGUACCAGCGCCUGAUCCGGGACAUCCCCUGCCGCACGGUCACACCCGAUGCCAGCGUGUACAGUGACAUCGUCGGCAAGAUCGUGGGCAAGCACAGCAGCGGCAGCCUGCCCUUGCCUGAGUUCGUGGACAACACACAGGUGCCCAGCUACUGCCUGAACACGCGGGGCGAGGGUGCCGUGCGCAAGAUCCUGCUGUGCAUUGCCAACCAGUUCCCUGACGUCUCCUUCUGCCCAGCGCUGCCUGCAGUUGUGGCCCUGCUGCUCCACUACAGCAUCGAUGAGGCCGAGUGCUUCGAGAAGGCCUGCCGCAUCCUGGCCUGCAACGACCCCAGCAAGAAGCUGAUUGACCAAAGCUUCCUGGCCUUCGAGUCUUCCUGCAUGACGUUCGGGGACCUGGUGAACAAGUACUGCCAGGCAGCCCACAAGCUGAUGGUGGCCGUGUCAGAGGAUGUCCUGCAGGUCUAUGCGGACUGGCAGCGCUGGCUGUUCGGGGAGCUGCCCCUCAACUACUUUGCUCGCGUCUUUGACGUCUUCCUGGUGGAAGGUUACAAGGUGCUGUACCGUGUGGCGCUGGCGAUUCUCAAAUUCUUCCACAAGGUGAGAGUUGGGCAGCCGCUCGAGUCAGACAACGUGAAGCAGGAUAUCCGCACCUUUGUCAAGGACAUCGCCAAGACUGUCUCCCCCGAGAAGCUGCUGGAGAAAGCAUUCGCCAUCCGCCUCUUCUCUCGGAAGGAGAUUCAGCUCCUGCAGAUGGCCAACGAGAAAGCUCUGAAGCAGAAGGGCAUCACCGUCAAGCAGAAGAGUGUUUCACUUUCUAAAAGGCAGUUCGUGCAUCUGGCUGUUCACGCUGAGAACUUCCACUCAGAGAUCGUCGGCCUGAAGGAGAUGAGAGACAUCUGGUCGUGGGUCCCUGAGCGGUUCGCCCUCUGCCAGCCCCUUCUGCUCUUCUCCUCCCUGCAGCACGGGUACAGCCUGACCAGGUUCUAUUUCCAGUGUGAAGGACACGAGCCCACCCUCCUGCUCAUCAAGACCACGCAAAAGGAGGUGUGUGGGGCUUACCUGUCAACAGACUGGAGUGAGAGAAACAAGUUUGGAGGCAAGCUGGGCUUCUUUGGGACCGGAGAAUGCUUCGUGUUUAGGCUUCAGCCCGAGGUCCAGCGCUACGAGUGGGUGGUCAUCAAACAUCCAGAGCUGACCAAGCCUGUGUCCUUGGAGUCCACCAGCAUUCCAUCCUCACCUUGCCACUCCGCGUCCUCAGACCCCGCGGACCGCCUCUCCCCGUUCCUGGCUGCUCGGCACUUUAACCUGCCCUCCAAGACGGAGUCUUUGUUCAUGGCCGGGGGCAACGACUGCCUCAUCAUAGAGCCUGAAGCUUCUGCUGGGCCUCAGUGUGUAGUCACGCCUGAAGAGACCACCCAGGGAGGGGCCCUCUGUGAUGGACCCCAAACCAGCCAGCAGCAUUUCCGGGGGCCUGCCUGAAGAAGUGGGGGCCCACGGAGCCUUCAUCAGCCCUCCUCCUCACCAGCAUGGCAUGCUGGGCAUGCUGGUCUCGUCCAGCCCUACCCACCUCACCUUCAUUGGGCUCCACACGUCCUCCCCUGCUCCCUGCUCCCACGGCACCUCUGAGGAGCCCCCCUCUGCAUGGCACGAGUUCUCCCUCUGCGUCCUUCUCAUAGGGCCACGUGAGCAAGGCAGGGAGCAGCCCUCCCACCGCUUGACCUCCCUCAGCUGGUCCUGAGGGCCUGGGUACCCCAGAGGGAAGAGAGACGCGGACACACCAGGGACUGUGCUGGGGCCAUGACAGCCUGGGCCACAGAUGCUUGGGCUCCUGCCCUCUCAGCGUCCCCACCCGCCGUGGCCCAUGGCCCUGUUCUCACACCUUGCUUGCUCUUCCUGUGGGGCCCUCAUCCUCCCCUGCCUGCCUACUCAGAUCUCCCCUGAGCCAGGCCACAGUGAUGCAGAAGGGAGGACCAGCAUCCCUCUGUGGCUCUGGGCAAGCUGACGAAUCUGUCUGGAACUCAGUUUCCCCAGCUAUAAAAUGCGGCCAGUCAUCCUGCUCUGCUGUCCCCACAGGACUGCUGAGCGUCUCUGGGGGGGCCAGUGUGAAUCCCUGUAGAGGUGCUGGGAGGCAGUGUCACAGCUUACCCCGCCCCUCGACACUGCAGGCCUCACUGACCCCCUUCCUCGAACCCCGCAGCCCUCACCUGUUCUUUGGUGUUCAUUAAACACAGUCUCGUUAUGUGAACUCCAGGGAUCCGAGUCUGGUUUCUUCAACUAGGGGGACUUCCCGGGGCUCCCCCCACCCUCCAGGCACGCCACUGAAUGGAGUGCAGCCUCCUGCUUGUCAGUGUUCUAUCACGGAACAUGGAAGGCCUUUUAAAAGCACAGCCUUUCAGAAGCUGCUGAAGGCAUACCUGAGCACUAUUUGCAUGGCCCCCUCUGUAAACUUCCUGAACUAGGGGGUAUUCUUUUUUUUGGUAAGUCCAGGGCAUUCUCUGUGGCUGCCCCAAGGGCCCCCAGAGGUCCGCCCAGGGAAGGUGACUGCUGAUGAGUCACGAUUUCUGUAUCAUGAGAUCUUUGCGUGUGCAUGCAAAAUAUUCAGUUUCUUUGAAUUUCAUAUCUUCUCCCUAACUUUUCUGCUAAACUAAAAAGCAUGUGAUUAUUAUCUUUAUUUUUUUAUGCUUAUUAUUGUCCUUAUUAUCUGAUAUUAGGUGCUCCCAAAUAGAGUAUAAUUUAUUCUAUUAAUAUUCUUUAUUAUUUCUUCCUGA